GCUUCAUUGAUGCUCUUGUGAUCUUAUAAUCACUGUUCUAUCAUGCUUUCAGAAGCUGGCACAGGAUGAAUCAAUGAGAAAAUAUUUUCUUGGACAGAGCGGCAUCUGAUGAAAAUUGUGGGGCUUACCGGCGGAAUAGCAACCGGCAAAUCCACAGUAACAAAUUUGAUACGACAACAUGGGAUCCCAGUCAUAGACUGCGACGAGAUCGCGCACCUAGUGACUAAGAAGGGGAAAUGGGUUUAUAAAAGAAUUGUCAGGAUGUUUGGAUCCGGUUUUCUAAAGAGUGAUGGUGAGAUUGAUAGGGAGAGAUUGGGCGAGCUUGUGUUCAAAGAUGCUGUUGCCAGACGGAAGCUCAACAGAGCAACUCACCCUGCAGUAACUUUGGAGCUUGCUAAGCAACUGCUGAGUCACCUCCUCCAGUGUCACUCGCUGGUGAUGGUGGACAUGCCCCUGCUGGUCGAGACUGGUGCAUACCUUUUGACGUGGCCGCGCGUGCUUGUCAAGUGUGAUCCAGAGACACAGGUGAGGCGGCUGGUUGAGAGGGAUGGAUGCAGCAAAGACCUUGCACAGUCAAAGGUUGCUGCUCAGAUGCCGCUUGAGCAGAAGCAGAAGUGGUGCCAAUACAUCAUUGAUAACUCUGGCACGCGGCAAAGCACCGAGGCGCAGGUGAAAGACACCGUUUGGGGGCUGAGAAAAGGUUUAUGGUGGAAGAGCGCACUUCAAACUCCAGCAAAUAUUGCAGUGAUACUGAUAUUUGCUAUAAGUGGUCUUGUCCAAAGGUAACGGGCUUGGCAUUUAAUAUAUGCAAUGGAAGCAGUAAAGACUCCUUAAUAAAUAGAAUGGUCUCAGCACCUGAGCAGAUCACUCUCGAUUGCCUUUCAGUAACUGUACUGGCAAGGAAGGCAAGAAGCAUAACGUCAUGACAAUCAAUUAUAUGUUAUAAUCCCCAUGUGGUGC